CCUUGCUUGUCAAACUCUGCUUGCCACUGUGCCUUGUGGCGCACCAUUCUGUCCUCCAUCAUCGCUCACGGGAUCACACUGCGUCGCUGCCAAGCGCAGUUUCACUCCCCUGUAGCAAAUUACACAGCUAGCUGUUUCCUCUUCUUUGACUUCUCACGCCGCUUCUGCCACGCUGCGAUUCUCCGGUACUUUCCUUCCUCAAUGUUCGUGGGAUUCUGGGUUUCUUCCAACAUGUAGCAAUUCCCCUGCACUCGUUUUCCUUCUCCAGUAUGCUUUUCAGAAACGUUAUUCUUGCAGGUGUGGCCUGUCGAUGAAGCUAGCCUGACUUCUACAAUUGCCUCUUUCAGUGUAAUCUUACUGAGUGUCUGUUGCUCCGCUUCAUUAUUUCAUAUCUUUUCUAUCUCUGUCAUCGGCUUCCAACGAGUACGGGAGCAAAUUAACAGGGAAAAAUCAACUUCGAAAGUCUGUCGAGUAUUUGAAAGUUAAGAGCCCCUGCCCAAGAUGUAUUUGCGGAUGCACUGUCCUCACUUGAACACAGGCCACACACGAUUUCGUGCGCAAUCUGUUUGCAAGAGCGAGGCGCACCAAGCUAGUUUGAAGAGGACUUUACAGUGGGGUUGGAUACCUUCUAUUUGGCUUGAGCGAAUUAGUCAAAUUGUGUGCUCAGAGACCAGUGGAAACUCUGGGCAUUAUCAUCGCACGUAUUAUUCCAACAGGAGAAUUUCAGGGAAGGUGGCAGCUGAAUUUCCUCUGGGUGUCGAUGGUGUAAAUACAAGUUUACGUCAGGUAACGAAAUGGAAUAGUUCAGAAUCUCCCUGGCUUUUCAAGCUAUGGCAGCAAUUGCUGGGACUUGUAAACGCAAGAAAGUGUUGUUGGUUGCGAGAAUAUGCAGUCGUGGCUAUGACAGUAAUAGUUGUGCAAGGGAUCACAUCGCAUGACAUCUCACAUGCCCUUCCUUCGACCUGCCCAAGUCUACUUGAGCCCAAGUCGGUUAUGGAAUUCCCUAUAUCUACAUGGACCAAAUCUGAUUCUAUUGUCUUUUGUGGUGCGCGAUUGGACUCGUAUCGGUGUAAUUCAAAGGUGUUCACGAUGAGAAAGACCAGCCUCUUGAAGUCGGUUGUCGGGCCGGGAAUGAGGGUAUAUACUGCUUCGAAUCUUAAAAGAGGAGCACUAUUAAGAAGACAGGCACGAGGCAGGGGCUUCGAAGGACUAGUCAGUAGUAUUGGAGGAGUGCUCUUGGCCACCAAUGCCUCAUCGAUUGUCUUGCAAUCAUCACCACUGGCUGUUGUUACUGGGUCCUUGACUUCUCCUCUUGCAUCCAUUGUGAACGCGGGAUCGCAUGUGGACGUAAACGUUCUUCGAGCUUCCUUCACUUCGUCUCUCAAUCUCAUCAGCCUGUGUUUGUUUGUGGUAUGGAUGCAGAGAUCUGGACAACUUCCAGCUGAGACACCAGUAGUACUUAGUCAGGUGGCAUUUCGUGUGCUUAUUCCUUGCUUCCUAAUGACUAAGGUUGCAAUAACACUUGCCUCACAGCCUGCUGCCAAUCUGCUCUUUCUACCUCUUGUUGCCAUUGCUCAGGUACUCACGGGGGCAUCUCUUGGAAGACUAGCUUGUCGGUUUGUUUAUCCAGCACCUGCCUCGGCGUCGUCACCAAAUUUCGGAAAUACAGCUCCAAUAACUUCAGUGCCACCAGCUACUAUUAUCUCUGAAAGAGGUUCAUCCGCAAUAACUCAGGUGGCGACAUCUAAUAAUGUCAUUAGUUUUCAGGAAAAUACAGAGCAGUAUAUGGCAGCUAAAAAGGAGGCUAUCGUAACUGCAGCAUGUGCAUUUGGCAAUUCAUUUACUCUGCCAUUGAUUUUCAUGACCGGAGUCUUGGCAGCUGAAGAGGCAAGUAAAGUUGCAGGAUAUUUAGCAUUAUUCAUGGUUGGCUGGUCACCCGCUCUUUGGAUAGUUGGUUAUUCUCUAAUUGCCACCGGGGAUGAAGAAAGCGACUCAAGGGGAAGUGUCCCCAAAAAUCGCUUUUCAUUGAAUGCCAUACUAGAGGAAAUCAAACGCAUAAUGAACCCUCCUUUAUAUGGGGUUUUGGUGGGUAUGUUGGUAGGAGGGACGCCUUUGUCUCAUCUCUUUCUUUCUGAAGCGAAUACAUCUGCAAUCACAAUGAAGUCCACAGGCGCCUUUACUGUUUUGUGCACUUUUACAUCGGGCAUACUACGGCCUAUUUUUGAUGCGGCAGCACUUCUAGGAACAGCAACUUUAGCAGUACAGACAAUUGUGCUAGCAAGUUCAUUAGCCACAUCCAUACCUUCUCUCAGUACGGCUAGUGAUGCAAAAAUUUCUUCACCGAGGGUGGAAGCUGUUGAGCAUCUUCCCGAUACUGGUAAUCAUUCAAUCAUCAAGGCGGUGUCUUUCUCGACAGAUUUGGAAACGGUUCUCGACUCUCGAGCUUUUUGGAUUAUUUCUUCAGUUCGUCUCGUGGCGAUGCCUAUUAUUAUGGUCGUCUCAACAGUUAUUCUGCAAUCUGCUCGUAUCUUACCGGCUGAUCCUGUUUACAACCUUCUUCUUAUGGCGCAGUCAGCAAUGCCGUCGGCCCAGAAUCUUGUUCUAUUGUCGCAGCUUCGAACAAGUACGCGGCGAUUGUCAGGGGUGCUGGCCUCACUGCUCCUGCGUCAGUACGCUUUGUCGAUUGUUCCCAUCACUCUGUGGAUGGCACUUUUCCUAGCCGUUGCCAAACCUGCUUGAUUUCUAAUUUGGACAAAAACCCGUCCUUCAGAACUAGGUCCAUCUAGGAUGAAUUUCGAGGUCUGUUUCCAUUUCCUCAUCAUUUUGCGGCCAGAGGGAUAUGAAGAGAAUUGUAGUAUUGGCCAUUCAAAUGUAAUACCUUGCAAUCAACUUAACGCAAUUACAUAAGA